AUGUCAAACACAGUGCAUCCUUUGAUCAACACCAUAUUACUAAUCGUUAAUUUACGUUUUGGUCCUGGGAUCAGAAAUGCAACCGGAACGGACGCCCGUUCCCGGUCCGAUCAGGUUGAGACUUAUCAACCCGGCCGGUUCCGGUCAAAUUACUGGACCGAACUCGGUCGAGUUGGACCGCGCCCGAUUGAUUUAGCUUAUAACUAG